AAUUUGGCAACACACAUAACGCGUUCAGAUUUCGUUCAGAUUGGGAUUGCAGAUUUUUUUUUGCUCUCAGAGCAUCGCAAACCCUCAGAAAUCUUCGCCCAAUUCCUACGCAUCGAUUUGUCUUAUAUUAGUUACUGUGGAUACACUGUUAGAAUAUUUAGCAGCUUUAUAGCAGAUCUGCUGGAAAUUUCUUUUCGAUAUGGGUGCCGGUGGCGAAGAAGUCAAAGUCGAGACGAAAGCGUUUCUCGAGAAGAGAGAGAAAAGUACAGCUAAGAAAACCCUCAUCGUAUCAAUGGAGCCUAAAGAUAGGUUCAAUGUGGUCUACCUUAUCAUGCUUAUUCAAGGAGUGGGCACCCUGUUGCCCUGGAACAUGUUCAUCACUGCACAUGCAUAUUUCCAAGAAAAAUUAAAGGCACAUGAAGAUCUGAAGCAUAGCUUUGAGAACUAUUUUUCAGUAGCAGCCAUGGUACCCAAUGUUCUAAUGUUCUUACUCAACACCCUUUUUAAGCACAAGGUUUCACUGCAAGUCAGAAUGAUUACAUCAGUGUGUAUUAUGACAUUGUGUUUUGUUUUGACAACAGUCUUGGUAGUGAUUGACACCAAAAAAUGGACAACAGAUUUCUUUUACAUCACAAUUGGAACUAUCAUCCUUAUUAACAUGAGCAGUGCAAUUUAUCAAGGAGGACUCUUUGGUGUCUGUGGAAUGAUGCCUCCAAAAUACACUGGAGCUGUUAUGACUGGUCAGGGUGUUGGAGGCACAUUUGCUGCUUUAGCUAGUAUAUUCUCACUGCUUGGAGGAAAGGAUGCUGUAAGCAGUGGCUUCGGGUACUUCAUGUCAGCAGCAAUAGUGCUCACUCUAUGUCUUAUCACAUACAUGAUGUUAAAUAGACUGAAAUUUGCUAGACAUUAUAUAGCACCAAAUAGUAGAAGAACUGAAAUCAAGAGCCCAUAUAGUCAAAGUGAACAGAUUGAGAGACUGGCAAACUGGCAGAUACCAGCUGUAAAACGAUCAGGGAACAUUCAAAAUUCAAACUUAAGUUUGGAUAAUGAGGCACUUCUGUCAGUUAAGUUUCAUCCAAAAGAAGCAGAAGCUGUUGGGAAUGAAAGGCCACCAUUUUUUGUGAUUUUUAGACAGAUCUUCAAGUUAGGUUCAUCUGUUGCGUUUGUAUUCUUUGUGACAUUAGCAGCUUUUCCUUCAUUGACAUCCAGAAUACGAUCAAAGCACGAAGAGGAUGGCUCAGAGUGGACAAAAAUCUAUUUUGUUCCUGUAACAUGCUUCCUUUUGUUCAAUGUUGGGGACUUCUGUGGCCGACUAGCAGCUUCUUUUACACAGUGGCCUGGCAAAGAUGGCUAUCUUCUGCCUAUUCUCUGUUUCUCGAGAGUGGUAUUCCUUCCUUUGUUUGCAUUAUGUAAUGCAUUGCCGAGACCACAUGGCACUCCAAUAUUUUUCCAUGAGGAUUACUUCCCAAUAAUAUUCAUGGUGUUAUUUGCCAUCUCAAAUGGCUAUCUUGGAAGCUUGUGCAUGAUGUAUGGACCAUCCAUGGUGGAGCCAGAACAUGCAGAAACAGCAGGAACUAUGAUGGCUUUCAUGCUCAUCAUUGGUUUGGGUGUUGGAGCAGGAUUUUCAUUUGUGAUCACCCUGUUUCUCUGAAACAGUUAUACCAAGCUGCUUACAGAUCACGUGUUCUGAAGCCUUAAACCUGUCUCUUUAAAAAUUAACAUUCUGAAUGUAGUGCUAGUGCACAAGUCAGUGCACUACAUUUGAGGUUCAAGGGCUGUGUUUAUUUAAAGGAUUUCACAGCAUGGUUGUGUUUGAUUCCAGUAGAGGACUUAUUCCAUGGAAAUUGUUCCUAUCAACGAAUUUGUCAUAUUUGCUAAAUCUGGUAUGACUGGUAGGUUGGCAAGUUGAAGACCAACUUCUCUGUGGAUUGUAUUAAAAAAUUGUCUGUAGUGAAUGGAAACCGGUCUUGUUAAUAUUUAAAAGAAGAGAUCCAGCAAAUAUAGGAGCAGACAAAUCACAGCAUGAAUCCCGAAAAAACUAACUUUAUUAUUAUUGUUUGUGUCUGAAACAUUGUUAUUUUCAUACUGUAUCACAUGGCUUGAUGAGGUACUGGUAUAAUUGAAACAGAGAACAUUGUAGUGUACUGGCAAUAGCUGCAGUUGUGUGAGAAAGGGGUAUUGAAGAUAAUCAUGUAAUGGUGAAUGGCAUUUGGCACUUUCCAAUGCCACAAGUGCCCGUUUGUGUGUAAACUUCUAUUGCCGAAUCACUGCUUGUGAGUGAAAGACAAAUUAUUUUAUGUGGAUCUGAGGUUGUUUCUAAUGAAUUAAACUCCAGUUUUCAAUA